ACUGUUCACAAACUGCUCCCAACAGCUCUAUUGUAGUGAAGCCUUUUCUUCCGUGACGUGCUGACGUCAGCUCGUAACAGAAGUUAUAAAGCUCGCCUAGCUGCUAAGCUCACCCCUCCCCCCACCACCACCACUAAUUCAAGUUUGUUAGACCCAGAGCGGCUGGAGAGUUGAGAGUCUCGGUCAUGUCCAGGAGACGCUGUAUUCGUCAGUGCACGGGGAAAUUUCCUCUUUUUCGUCUUCCAAAAGACGAUGAAUUUAAGAGUCAGUGGUUAAAAUUUGUUUUUGGCACUAUUCCCCAGGACUACAACCCCAACCUUAUGUUGUGUUCUGCUCAUUUUACGGAGGACUGCUUCCUGAACCUGCAACAGUUCAAUUCAGGAUUUUCAAACCGUUUAAUUCUGAAAGACAGUGCAGUUCCGACUCUGUCUGGUCAUCAUGUAGAUUCAGAACCACAACCUAGUACAUCACAGCAGCCCUUUGAAACCCCACACCUUUCCACUACAUUCCAUGACAUAGGAUGCCAGACUGAACCACCACAAAAUAUGUCAGUGGGCAUACAGUCCAGUGCUCCAAAAAUGAGAACAGUUGGCACACAGCUAUCCAUGGGUACGCUGAGGGCUUCCAUGAGAAGCAAAGGCACCCAGGCAAUAGUGCCCUGUGUUAGUGUUUACACUGAGACCACUUCAAGUUCCCCAGAAUUCACCCCGAUGUCUUCAACACCAAUAAGACCCCAAGAUUUCAGACCUCACAAGAGACCUCGUCUUGAGUUGGAGGAGGAGGAGGAGGAAGAGGGAGACACCUCAACAGAGUCCAAGCUGAGCCACAAGACUCAACAUAUAUCCCUGGUGACUCUGUUCUAACGGACGAUUCUGCCAUGUCGUCUGAGCCAGUGUCUACUUAUAAGGAUGAUAAGUACAUUGUUUUUGAAAGUUGCCUAAGGGAGCUUUUUCAAAGCUGUCCUGUAUGCAAGAGGCAGUGUGACGUUCAGCGCCGAAAAAUGGGAACGUAUGUGUCAUUCACACAGCUCUGCCCACACUGCAACUAUUCAAGACAGUGGCAGAGUCAGCCUGUUGUAGGAAGUACCCCCGUCGGCAACCUACACCUGUCAGCGGCAACAUAUUUCACCGGUUCAUCCUUUAUCCAACUGGAAAAGAUAUGCAAGGCCAUGAAUCUUCAGAUUUUCCAGUAUGACACCUUCAGGAGGCAUGCUAGGAGUUUUCUGGAGCCAGCCAUAAUCCACAAAUGGAAGACGGAUCAGCAACAUCUUUUUCAAAAGUUACAGCAUGGAGGAAAGAUUGGAGUCAGUGGAGAUAUGCGAGCUGACUCCCCAGGGCACUCAGCAAAGUAUGGGAGCUACACACUGAUGCACCUAGACAGUAACCGCAUUAUUGACCUUCAUCUUGUUCAGAGCAAUGAAGUAGGUGGUAGUUACCACAUGGAGAAUGAGGGCCUUAAACGCUGCCUGGAUCUACUGGAUUCAAACGGUUUGGUGGUGGACUACAUUGUCACCGACCGUCAUCCACAGAUCCAGAAGUAUCUGAGGGAGCGAAGCAUCACCCACUUCUAUGAUGUGUGGCACUUUGAGAAAGGUUUGUCAAAAAAAAUUGAAAAAGUUGCGCAAAACAAGGACUGCGGGGUGUUGAAGAAGUGGCUGCGUAGCAUCAAAAGCCAUGUCUACUGGAGUGCAACAUCGUCAACAUCAGGGCCAGAGAAGGUAGCCAAGUGGAUGUCGAUGGUCAACCACAUCCAGAACGUGCACUUGCAUGAAAAACCUCUUUUCCCUAAGUGCCAACAUCCUGAUCGAGUGUCAAGGGAUCCAAGUAAAUGGUUUCAACCAGGGACAAUGGCGCUCUACAAAGUGGGAAAAAUCCUGGUCAAUAAGAGGGUUGUCAAAGAUGUGGAGAAGCUGAGCCACCACUACCAAACAUCAUCCCUGGAGGCUUUCCACAGUUUGAUCCUUCGCUUCACACCCAAGAAUGUGGUUUUCCCUUUCAUGGGCAUGCUUUGCAGGUUGUACCUUGCAGCCAUGCACUACAAUGAAAAUGCAGACCGCGAGCAAGCCACAACAUCUGCAGGACAACCAGUAUUCAAGGUUGUGUUUCCCAAGUCCAGGAAGGGGGAGGUGACUGCGAGGCCAGUAAAAACAGACCCUACAUACAAAUAUGUGGAAGAAUUUAUGAGGCUGGUUUUCGAGGAGGUGUUUGAGGACCCAACUCCAUUUGUUGAGGUGCUGAAACUGAUCCCCAUCCCCAAGGACCUGGCAUCGGAACAUGAGAGACCCUCAAAGGAGGAAGUGGUUGCACGCCAUCUGUCCCGCUUUGCUCAAGGGAAAGUCGGAACCGUACAUACUAGGCACCCGGAUCAAGAAACUGCAGGCGUAUCCGGCGUACAACGCACGACGGGAUUACCACCCUAACAGUCCUUCCCAAGUAGCCCCAGCACCAGUUGACCAAGCCAAGAUAGGCAAGGUGCCUGUAGCGCCUGUAUGGACAGGAUU